UCCUCCUCUCACUUCUUUCAGACUCUGCGCGGAGCCGCACGCGCUGUCGGGAGGAUUUUAAUGAUUCACUUUAAUAGAAAUUAAUUAAAGUUUAAUUAAAACUUAAUUCAACUUCAGACUUUCUCAGUGAAACUUUCUCCUCGUACCUUCAAUCUUUUGUUUUCUGUCCGAACUGAAACCGGGACCCAAGGAUCCGGAUCAGAACCAUCCAGAGGACCAGGACCAGGACCAGGACCAGGAGCGGCAGUAUGUCCCGGGCGGAGGAGCGGGACGAGGCGGACUGUGUUUGCUCCGUUGGGAUGAAGCUGACCUGGGACAUCAACGACCCCAAACUACCGCAGGACAUGAAGCAGUCCGACCCAUUCCAGGAGUGGACAGACGGUUAUGUUCGCUACAUCUACAGCGCUGAAGAUAAGAACGCUCAGAGACACCUGUCCGGCUGGGCCAUGAGGAACACCAACAACCACAACUGUCAGAUCCUGAAGAAGUCGUGUUUGGGCGUCGUGGUCUGUUCUCGAGGCUGCACCCUGCCGGACGGGUCUAGACUGCAGCUACGUCCCGCCAUCUGCGACAAGGCCCGGCAGAAACAGCAGAAGAAAUUGUGUCCAAGCUGCAACGCCGCUCUGGAGCUGCUGCCCUGCCGCGGCCACAGCGGUUACCCCGUCACCAACUUCUGGAGGGUCGAUGGGAAGGCCAUCUUCUUCCAGGCUAAAGGGGUCCAUGACCAUCCCAGACCAGAAUCCAAAUCAGAGACUGAAGCCAGAAGAAGUUCAGUGAAGAGACGAGUCAGCUCACCUCCGUUUACACCUAAGAGACGACUCCUGGAACCGCAGACUCUUGGUCCCGCCCUCCUCUCCUGUGUCGAACCAGCAGACAGAAUCUCCUUCAUGGAGCCGAACUUCCCACAGCAUUACCCAGCAUUCCAGAGCCCGGAAGCCUACUACAACCCCCACAAUGCACUGGGAGAGGCCCCGCCCACACUGCAGAAACCAGCCAAUCCCAGGCUGUACAUGAGCCGACCCAGCUAUGAGUUCCAAGGAUACCUGACCUCAUCUUCAUACCCUGUGACCUCCGACCUAUGCGACCCCAGGGUGGCUCCGGUCCUCGGCUCCUCCUCCUCCUCGUCUUCAUCGGCAGCUCCUCUGUCCUCCUCCUCCUCCUUCGACCCGCAGACGAAGCCGCCGGCUGGUUGGAAGGAACUGCUGAAGAGCUCCACCCCCUACAGCGACAAUCACCACUACUACAGCGCCGAGUACCCCUGCCGUUACCCCAGCAACCCCCCGGGGUCCCCGGCCGCACUGCAGACCAUCAUCACCACGACAACCAAGGUGUCCUACCAGCCCUGCCCGAAGCCUCCUGCAGCUCUGCCUUCCUAUCAGUCGUGUCCCAAACCUCCGAGUGGCCUCCCGUCCUACCAGCCCUGUGCUCCCCCCAAACAGUCAGGCCUCCCCGGCUGCUCCUCCCUGCUGGAAGAUGCCUCCCCAUCCUCAUACUCCACCGAGGUGAAGGUGACGGACGAGUCGGGCGGAGUCAUCAAGUCCUUGUCAUUUCAGCCUGAACCUCUGCAGACCAAAACAGAGCGAGCUGACGGCUACGACUACCGCUACGCUUACCCCAACACCUAUCGCUAUGACGACUACUGACAGAGCACCGCCGUUACCAUGACUACUGACACUGUAACCACACUGACUGUUCUGUAUCUGGCACACCUGCGACCUUUAAGACCAAAUUAUAAAAAUUUUCUGGAGAAAACCAGCUUUCAUCAAUUAUUCAGCCUUCUUCAGUUAAGGAUGUCUGAAACCAAAGCAGCUCCUCUUUCAGUGUCUCCUGAGCUUUCAGCCACACCUCAUGGCCUUCCUCAGAGUUCAUCUGAAGUCUGCAGCAUUUCUCUCUUGAAUGAUUCAUUUUUUGUUACCUUUCUGAUAUUUAUAGCUGGUAAAUUUCAAUGUUUUCUGAAGUCAGUCAAAGGACUUCAUGCAAGAGGUUUGAGAGAAAUGCUGAUUCUGAAGUGCUUCUGUUAGCGUAGCAUCACAUCACCUAGCAUUAUGUUAGCCUCAGAUUAGCAUCAUGUUAGCAUCAUAUUAGCAUACUGUUAGAACACAUUGCAAACAUGUUAGCAUCAUGUUAGCAUCACAUUUGCAUCAUGUUAGAUCAUGCUAGCAUAGGGUUAGCAUCACAUUAGCAUCAUGUUAGCCUCAUAUUAACAUGUUAGUGUCAUGUUAGCAUAAUGCUAGCAACAUGCUAGCUUCAUGUUAGUAUCACAAUGGCAACAUGUUAGCAUCAUGCUAGCAUCAAAUUAGCAUGAUGUUAGCAUAAUGUUAGCAACAUGUUACCAUUAUUAUUAUUAUUAUUAUUAUUAUUAUUAUUAUUAUUAUUAUUAGUUUAUUUAAAAGGGGACCAUAUACAGUAUUAAACAUAAACGUUUCCAUUUGAUGUAUUGCACCAGAGUUAGCUUUAAGCUCAUUUCCAUCUGCAGUCCCUUGGCAGGUCACAAUAAAAACAUCACAACAUUAAAAUGUUACAAAAAAGUACAUGACACAGUGAAGCAAAACAUUAUACAGACACACACUCUUUAAAGCACACGCGUACACACACUCACACAAAUACCAAUUAAAAAGACAUUAGUGGUUGCUGUUGCAUGUUAAGAACAUGCUAGCUUCAUGGUAGCAUCACAUUUGCAUCAUGUUAGCCUCAUAUUAACAUCAUGUUAGUGUCAUGUUAGCAUUGUAUUAGCAUAAUGUAAGAACAAGUUACAAACAUGUUAGCUUCAUGUUAGCAUCACAUUUGCAUCAUGUUAGCAUAUGGUUAGCAUCACAUUAGCUUCAUGCUAGCAUCAUAUUAGCAUCAUGUUAGGGUCAUGUUAGCAUGACGUUAGCUUCACAUCACCAUGAUGUUACCAUGAUGUCAUUAUCACAUUAGCAUCAUAUUAGCAUGAUGUUAGCAUUGGUGUCCUGUGGUGUCUACCUGUCUGCAGGCAGUAAACUGUGGAGGCUGUGAGGCGUUGCUGAAAGGAAGUUGUAUUCUGUGUUGAGAACUUUUUCUAAAUCCGUCGUAUGAAGCUUCAGAAUGUGUCCAGAGUUUUAUUUGUUGGCGAGAAGCCUGAUGAAGAUAUUUAAUUCUGGAGCUUCUCCAAAGAUCACGUCUGGAUUAUUUAUUGGAUCAGAACCAGAAGAAGUCAUUAAAGCAGCAGAUUCCUGUUUCCUGUUUCUGUCUAAACUGAAUAAACAUCUUUUUCCUUCCA